AUGGAUUCUCCUGAGAACCAUGGGGAAGAUUCAUCCCGAUCAUCUCAACCUGAUGCAGACCUGCUGAAGGUGACUUUCAAGGCAACAGAGCAUGCUCUGAGCCGGCAACGUUACCUGAGUUGGAAAAGGCCUUAUGGCAUCGCUGCUGGGCUCCAGAAUCUGGGAAACACCUGCUACCUGAACGCCACACUGCAGUGUCUGACACACACACCGCCUCUGGCCACUGUGAUGCUGUCCCAGCAGCACUCCCAGACCUGCUGUCACCGGGGAUUCUGUAUGAUGUGCGCCUUGGAAGCUCACGUGACCCGCUCACUCCUCCAUUCAGGUGAUGUUAUCAGGCCCUCUGGGCCGCUGGUCAGUACUUUCCAUCGGUACAAGCAGGAAGACGCCCAUGAGUUCUUGAUGUUCCUUCUCAAUGCAAUGCAGAGGUGCUGCCUGGAAGGGAAAAGCGACUCAGAUUCCAGUGCUGAGGACGCCACCAUCAUCCGCGAGAUAUUUGGGGGCUACUGGAGAUCCCAAGUCAGAUGUCUCCUCUGCCGUGGCGCCUCAGACACCUGUGACGCCUACCUGGACAUUUCCCUGGAUAUCAGGGAAGCUCAGAGUGUGAGGCAAGCCUUGGAAGAUCUGGUGAAGCCCGAGAAACUGCACGGGGAGAAUGCCUACCAAUGCAGCACUUGUCUGAAGAAGGUACCAGCCACGAAGACACUCACUCUGAAAACCGUGUCUAAGGUUCUCAUCCUUGUGAUGAAAAGGUUCUCGGCUUUCACGGGCGACAAAGUGAAUCAGCACGUGAAAUUUCCCGACUCUCUUGACAUGGGUCCUUACAUGUCUCAGCCAGGCCGAGGGCCACUUGUGUAUGUUCUCUACGCUGUGCUGGUCCACACAGGUCUGAGCGGUCACAAUGGACAUUACUUAUGUUAUGUAAAAGCUGGGAAUGGACAAUGGUAUAAGAUGGAGGACGCGAAGGUCACCAGGUGUGACAUUUCUACCGUCCUAAUGCAGCGUGCCUACGUGCUGUUUUAUUUCCUGCAAAGUGAUAUCCAAGACAACAGUGUUGAUCUGCAUGUGGGCACGGACCCAGGAGCUCACGGGGCUGAAGAGAGGGUUGUGGGAGAGCAGAAGACACAGCUCAUCAGAAACUUCUCUAUGGAACUUCCAGAGUCACAGGAUCCUGUGGAGUAUACAGCCACCAAAGAAAUGUCCCUAGACCAGUGGAAAAGCCUCCAAGAAAGAAACAGACUCAAGCCUCAAUUUAACCUCAGGAGAGUAGAAGUCACUCUGCCACCCAAUGUAGUAAUUAUUCACAAGGCAAAAUACAGAGGCGAUUUGGGGGAAAAUCAGGCAGAAAAGGAAAAUUCUCUUGUGCAAGCUGGUGUGAGACUGGAGUGUGAUCAGGGCAGUUCCCUGGUCAGGCCCCACACUAAGAAGCAGAAGAAGAACAAGCAAGGCAUGAGGCUUCUGGUCUUGUAG